CGUCGUCAUCACCUUCACGAGCGUGCUUCCGCGUGGGACCAGACUCGCGAACCAGGAGGGAACGAUGCCGCAGGUCGUGUCCCAGCGUCGCCUCUCGCAUCUGCUCGCAGAAGACCCCUCGGCUUCGAAGAUGCCGCGAAGCCGUUCUCGAAUUGUUGCGCAGUCCAUGGCCGGGGCGCCAAACGAGGCGACGCGACCGUCUGAGAGCCACCGGAAACCGCUACGUGCUACGACGGCCGUCUCAGCGCCGCAGGAUAAUGAACCGCUGCUUGAAGCGGAACAUCUCAUCAGUGGUACUGCCGAGAGGCCCCAGCUUAUCGGCCAGAAGGCGAUGCCGCUUCCCACGGUGACAGAUAUGCAGCCUGCAGUAAACUACGAAAGCCUAAAUGUCCCGCCUGGCACUCAGGUCGUGCCUUCCCAGGGAGAUGUAGCGUGUUUUUCGUCACGGGAUCCGCCCCCGCCUUGGCCACCAUGGUACACACCAUACACAGCGCCGGCCUUGAGCCAGAGCACAUCGAGUACCUCUACAAUGUCUCCUCAGAGCAGCAGUGAUAGUCAAGACAGGCGCAUGGAGGCGCUGUUUUCGGUGUCCGAUAGCACUCGGGCCAGAAGCCGAGCAGCGCGUCGCUCUAUAUCUGCGAUGGACUCCACAAUCAGCUACGACAGCUUCGGGCGGACGCGAACUAUGGACAGCUCUUCUCAGGAAAAGCGCACGCGUGUCGAGGUCUCUGUAGGUGCCGGGCGCCCCAGUAUUGGCAGCGCAUUUGCCUCUACGAUUCGCGCCGUGAUUGAAACUAUACUUCCACGAAGCCAGAAUCGCGAAAUGACCAUUGAAACAACUUUUAGACAUGGUCACGGUGCUGUUGCAAGCGCGGAGGAUAGAAGCGACAGCACUGGGUGUCACAACAUGCCGCCAUCACUUCCACCACCUGGACCGCCUCUCCAGCCAUUAGAAUCAUUCCCGAAGACCGAACCAAUUAAGGUCGCUGUCGCUAAGGGCUUGACUGGACAGCCCUCAGUGGAGAGCUUAGCGCCGGCCAAACAAGCUGCAACGACGACAGCUCCUUCGGUCUUCGGCUCAGCUGUCCCUGGCUUGGCUGUUCUCAGCCCGGCUAUCCACGGCACGACUCGACGAGGUUCGAAGGCUACUGCUCGACGUGGUUCCACUGCAACUGGCCCGGUAAUCUCCGGCACGACUGUCUCCGCUCCUGCUGUACCCGGCCGUACUGUUUCCCAUACUGCUGCUGCCCGGCCAGGUGCGGCUCGCCCGGCUGUUCCUGGCCCGGUUGUCCCCAGUACGGCUCGACGAGCUUCGAAUGCAACUGGCCCGGCAGACGCCGGGGUUGCUCGACGUGGUUCCAAUGUUACUGGCCCGGUAGUCCCCAGCCCGGCUGUCCCCGCACCGACUGUCCCCAGUACGGCUCGACGACCUUCGAGUGCUACUGGCCCGGCAGACGCCGGGGUUGCUCGACGUGGUUCCAAGGCCACUGGCGCGGUAGUCCUCGGCCCGGCUGUCCCCGCACCGACUGUACCCGACCAGACUGUUUCCCACACUGCUGCUCCCCUGCUAGGUGCCUCCCGCCCGGCUGUCCGGACACCGUCUCUUCCAGCCAUUGCUCUCCAUGCACCGUCUGAUUACGCCCCAUCUGGCCCUGCCUCAUCUAGCCUCACAGAGUCUGGCCCAGCCCAAUUUAUUACCGCUACUGCAGUACCGUCACCGUACGCCCAGCAAAAAACGGCGAGUGAACCUAUGCAUCAAAACGUUCAACUAAUUCCUGAGAACGUGUCGGCGGAACAAUUAACUGCCCUUAAUAGAGUUCUCCUCGAUGUUCCUCGGGAGUGGCUGCGAUUGCUUGGCGACAAAUCAAGGGGGGUGACAGCUGAAGCGAUGCCUCAUGUCGCAUUGCCUAGAACAGCGCAGAGUUCCCGGAGGUCAAGCGGUGUGCCAGCAAGUGCCGAUGUCGGUGCCACUACAGCAAAUUCCGCUUCGGUGGUGGCGACAAAUCUGCUCAAAGCACAACUUGCUACUUCAGAAGCACAGAAUGUGGCUCAAGCUCAUCCGGCUUCAGGUGGUGCACCAUGCGCAGCGGCAGAAGGGGUUCAGUUGCGGAAAUCUAUCACUUCCCCCGCUAGUGCGAGCGAGGCAGCUACGGCUCCCAUUUGUCCAUUAAUGGUGACGACAACUCUGCUGCACGAAGUUGCUAGUUUAGAGAACCAAUUAGCUGGAGGCGUUCCAGGAGUGGGCUGCGAUGUGAAGGCUUCCGGAGCGCCAUUGAAUACAAGACGUAUAUCAGGAGUUGGGCCAUCUACGUUUGUAGCAAAAGCUGCUGCUACGAAAUCUAGCGCGGAGAAAGUCUAUCCCCAAUCUGGUCAACAGGCUUUACCAGCCGUGCAGAGGCGGAAGUCUUCAGUGUCAAUGCCGUCAAAUGCCCCGGCAGUACCCGGUCAGCUGCAGAAAGCAGCGAUCGUAGGCGAGAGCCCAAAGGCGUCUUGCAAAGCAAGCACUCCAAACGUCGGAACUCGUAGUCGUCGGCCGUCCGUAAGUAGGGUCGGAAAAGCAGCGCCUAUUGGUAAAGACCAAUCGGUUCGAAGGAUAUCUACACCCGCAGUGGCGAACACAGCUCGAAAGCUAUCCACACCUACCACACCCGCAAUGGCGAGCACAGCUCGAAAGCUAUCCACGCGUACCACACCUGCAGUGGUGAGCACAGUUCAAAAGCUAUCCGCGGCCACCAUACCAGGAGCUGUCCCUCCGCACGCCACCCAGUUUCCAGCAAAAAAGUCUACGUCAGAGCCAGCUAUGUCUUCACCAUCAGUUUCAGCACCGGUGCGGCCCGCUUCGUCCGACACCGCCAUUACAGGGAUCAAAGCAAAAGUUCCUGUACCACUAGCAGUCGUUCCCGACCACCAUAGAGUAAGCAGCGUGGAAAUCUUGCAUCAGCUGUGUGAACAGGAACGCGCUGCAUUGCAACCACUUCAAACACAACGUGUUGGCGCCUGUCAAGGAAAUCACCACACCUUCGUCACAUCGGCCCUACAGAUAAAAAUUCGCCCCACUUCUUCCGGCACUAUGACUGCAGGGCCCAGUACGGCAGCUCAUGUGCAAGCACAACGCCUUGGCGACUGUCAGGGAAACCAGCACACCAUCGUGACACCAACCCUAGAGAUAAGAAUUCACCCCACUUCCUCUGAUACUCUGCUUGCAGGGCCCAAGACUGCAGCUCCUGUGCUUCCAGGAGUUGUCUUGGAAGUAGAGGGCUCAAACCGAGCAGGUGCUACUAUCAUGCACAAGGUACAGGAGCAGACAGGCGCCACAGGUUCACCCAUUGAAACUGUAUUACCUCUCGUGGUACACGAAACGGUGCAGAAAACCGCAAGCGCAGGCUCCAUCCACGCUCAGCCUUCCGUCAUGGAAACUGAGGUACUCCAAGUGACAGAAGAGGAAGCUGCCGUCAACAGUAAGCCUGAUCAUGCUCCUCAAACUGAGCAAGGCAUUGUGGCUUUGCCCCCGGAGGAACAUACUGCUCACGAAAUGGGAGGAGUGUUUCCUGUCCUCGAGGAACCCCCUCCUUCCGGCGCUGAAGAAAAACCACUCGGAGGUGACUCAUCAGUGGCACCCGUUGGCACUGCAGGUGCGUUACCCGGCGCACCUAUGCAAUGGCGCGGGCUGAGCCCAUCGGCCGCUGCGCCAAGUGCCGCGGCGCCUUCAUCUGUGGCACCGAGAUUUCUGCCCCGCCCUGAGCGUAUGCGAGGCCCGCCGCUGCUACAGGUCCGUUUCCCUAUAAUGCCUCCCGAGUGUCCACCUGGUAUCUGGAGAGGCUCUUUUCGCGGUGGUCUGGAGCAGCCAACACCGCGACAACCCUUUCCACGUUUCCGGCCGCCACCAAUGCGAGGCCCGCAAAGCGUUCAUCCACCGCAGCCAUUAACUCAGUAUGCUGAGAUCAAGUGGUCAGUGGUGACUGCUUGGAAAGUGCCUUUUUCAACCGGACCCUGGAGUCUGCUUAGGCGCAAAGCCAUGAUAAAUGAGCCGCUUCACGGUGGGGGAGAAGGCGCACUGGAUAAGUCACCACUGACAGCAAGAAACGUAGCAAAAUGUGGUGAAGGCGGACAUCUCACCAGAGGUAUGAAUUUUGAGGAUCCACUGACACAGGACCGAGAUAUUAAAUUGGAACGAAGCAGCACUGACAAUCUCGAAAUUUUUAGGAGGCCAUUAGGAGCGCUUCGCGAUGAAAGUCAGUUGGCGUCUGCUAAAACGGCUCUUGGGCAGCAGCCACUUGUUGCAUCAAUUGUGAGGAAAGCGAAGGGGAAAAUCAGCAUGACUGUAGAAUCACAUAAAGUUACAACUGCAUCAAAGAAAGGUAAAAUCAAGACUGCUAGACGAGAGCAAUCAAAGAUAACCCGUUCGGACGCCGCGCUGAAGGUUGCGCUGAAGGUCUUCACCCGUCAAGACCUAAAGACCGACUCACUGGACGAAGAAAGGCACUUGGAGCAGUCGAAGCCAGUAGCAGGCAAAUUAGAACCCAAUUUAGGACAUGUUGAAGCUAGCGACAGCCCUCAGGCUACAAAGCCUCAGCCGUCGACAAACCUUGCGUACAAACCACCAGCAGUAAUGACGCUCACUGAUGUGAGGGAAACGUACACAGUAAUAAUUUCUCCAUACGGGCCUUCAUGCCGUUCCCUACUUAUCGCAGUGGACGAAGUGCUGCGCUGUCCCGCUUCACCAGGUGCUCUUGAGUCUGUUGCAGAUGUAGUGAAGCGGACAAACGAUACGAAUGUCGCAGUGGACUCCAAUCUCGUAUCGAUGCUAGAGCAAGCGGCCACUCCUACUGCACCUUGCCGAGAAAACUCGACCUACACCUUUACCAGAAAGUCUUAUGAGUUAUUAGGACCCCAUACAAUGCAGCCUCCGCAAUCUGGCAGCAACACGCCGUCCACCUGCCUAGAAAAAGUGGGCACCUGUGGCACUGCGGGCAAAGAGGAAAAAAAAGCAGUCCACGAGGAGAAUAAAUCGCAAAAACGCACUAUUCAAACGACUGUCGAGGAGAAACUAGAUUGUGUUGGCGGGCGGAACCAAGAGGCGUUGGUAAAUACUGAAUCCCAAGAACAAAACGCAGAGAUCAAGCGAGUCCGUGUGAACCGACAAGAGUGCAGGGAGUCUCACGCGGCACCGACGUUCGUCGACGGAGGACCUUCAUGGUCCUUGCUUGGAUGCGCCAUAGGUCUCGUUGGUGGUAGUCUGAUGCUGCUGUUGGCCGUUAUCUACUCGCUGACGACUUCCGUUCCAUUGCUACCGACGACUCAAAUUUCACCAGAGACAUCUAGGGCGCCGGGCAUCAUCUACUGCUCUUCGCAGUUUUGCGACCGGGAAGGCGAUUAUGUGAAGACCUUGGUGAGUGCCAGUGGCAAAAGCGCUUGCGAGAAUUUUUACGAGUACGUUUGCGGAGCCUGGCCUCUGGCGCACCCGCUGUACAGUUCCACUGGCGCCGGCGCCGCUGUUUCCAGCGACACCAUUAUCCAGGACAGGCUCGAUGAGGAGCUGACGUCAUUACUCGCAUCCAGCACCGCGAAGGACGUCGGUAUUGCGGCUGGCGUAUACGAGGCGUGCGUAGAUCGCGACAAGGCCGACGAGGCGGCCAAUGACGUCAAGGCACUCUUCAAGACGUGGACGAUACGCCAAUGGCCUCGCGACAUGAAUGGAACGAUGAAAGACGUUUGGAACUUCGCCGGCGAGCUCUUUCGAGACCUUGGUCUGAGCUCCAUUCUGGAUGCGGUUUUAGCCGCUGCUUCCCAAUACUCUGACAACGCGAUCGUUGAGCUGCGAAAGCCGACUCACAUAUUCGUUUGUAGCGGCGCCUCGCGACCGCCCGUGAUAACGCUGUUUCGGGCCGCACUGCGCGAUUUAGCCUCGGAGUUUACGCAAGCCCCCAAGGCCGACAUUCUCGAAGAAACUACAAACGCUUUCAUACGGCUGGGAUCAAGUUCCGUGCGUCCCAGUGUAGUGGACCUCGGGGGUACGAAAUUCUCUGAACCCUCGGCCGCCGCUGUGAAACUGUCCGAGCUGGACGCAGACGUGAUACAUUUCCUAACCACGGCUUUCGACGGGGUCGCCAGGUUCGAACCCACCACCUCGGUCAUACUGAGGCCACCGAGAUACCUCCGUGUCUACUUGGCCUCCUUAACGCGGGAGUUGACGCCCCGCGCAAUCUUUAACUACAUGGGCUUCUUGGCCUUGGUUCACCUGUCAGCGUUCUUGCCAGAACGGCAUGUGCAUCUAAGGCAGCUGUUCGCCAAGAGCAUGCGCGGUCGUACGGUUCCCGACAUUUCUAAUUCGUCGGCAUUGUGCGCAAUGGCAGUAGAAUACGUUCUGCCGGCGUGCUUCGAGAAGCUGUCGUCAGACUUCUUUAGGGACGCCGAAUACGGUGCGCGCGUGCCAGAGAAGUUGUCGCAACUGGAGGACGCGUUCGCGCGCAACAUCGGCCACCUUGUGUGGAUCAGCGACGAGCAGGUCCUCGUUAACCGUUACCGAAUCAAGCGCCGGAGAGCCUCGCAAUUGAGUCCCGUGGCUAGCACGGGCGGCAAUGACUCCUGCGCGCCUUCGCUGGUGUCCUGGCGCACGGACAGUCCCGUGGAGUUCUAUCGAGCCGUAUCCCGGGCACAGCAGCAUGCCAGGUGGAGGCGCGUCGUUGCCGGCGGCACCGCGAUCAGCGACGCCCCCAUGCGGCCGUCUUCGGUGCGCCCCAGCUACGACCGGUCGCUGGGCCGCGUGCUGGUGCCGGCGGCCCUGUUCAACACUUCCGUGCCGGGCGACAGCACGGGCUUCUCGCUGCAGCUGGCGCGCUACGCGGUGCGCUUCUACCGCGCCCUGCUGGAAGCCCUGUUCCCGGACGAGCGGGGUGGCCACUUCCACCCAGACGAGGCGUCACGGCGCAGGCUCGAGGUGCUGUUGCAGUGCUUCGAGUGGGACUUGCGCGAGCUUCCCGCCGCGCUCCGAGGUCCCGUGGCCCCUGACCCCGCGACGUCGCGCGGAGCGGUCCUGCAGCAAACGGCGGCGCUGCAGUUGGCCUUUCGAGCCUUUCAAGAGCUGUGGCAGGUUCGACGAGCGUGGAACGUGGACUUCCGCUACCAGCGGCUGCCUGAGCUCUCUGCCGAGGCAUUGUUCUUCGUGUACUACGCUCUCGACAACUGCGAGAACAGCGACCUGGUGUACAAGGAACACCAGGGCCAUUGGCUACCCGCGGAGUACCGCGUGAAUCUACCGCUGCGCCACCUCGUGGAGUUCGCGCCGCUCUUCAACUGCUCGGCCGACACAAACAUGGGCCGUAUGAGCCUGGGACGCACAUGCGCUGUUGUUACACCCGACACGUGGAUGACUCGCGCGCCGGCCAAUGGUUAAAUGCCAUGUCGGGAUCGCUAGUGCAUUUCUUUCGUAUUUAUUUUCAUACAACCGCCUCACUUGGUGCAUUUAAAGGCUUUCGCAUGACUG